AUGGAGAUUCCACUUGGUAAUGUUAUUGUCUCAUCACCCAAUUUUGAGCACAAGGGAGCUCACCAAGCAUUUAAGGAUCGAUGGAAAGCCACAGAUGACACAAUGUGUCGCCACAGCAUGUCCUUUCACUUGCAUCAUGCAGUGAGGAGUGACUUCUUUGCCAGCUACCUUUACCUGUUGGAGAAAAUUCCUCUUGUAAAACUGUUUCCUGUCACAAGUGAGUACAUCAACGGAGAGAAACAGUUUUACUACAGAGCUCAACAGUUCUACGAGGAUGUGCCAGCCUCUGAAGACGGAAUGAUGGGAGACUAUGUGGAGGUAUCUAAUGUGGAUCUAGAAGCUUCUCGCCAGUUUUUAAAGAGGUUUGUGUCACCUGGGAAAGCUGGCACUCACUGUGCGCUUGACUGUGGUUCCGGUAUUGGCCGUGUGACCAAAGGUGUUCUUCUCCCUGUGUUUGAGAAAAUUGAGAUGGUGGACAUGAUGGAGCACUUUCUCCUCCAUGCACACGAGGAUUACUUGGGUGAUGAUGCAGACCGCAUCGAGACUUACUACUGCUAUAACCUACAAGAGUUUACUCCUCCCAAAAACAAGUAUGAUGUCAUCUGGAUUCAAUGGGUGGCAUGCCACCUGACUGACAAAGAUCUGUUGAACUUCCUUAUUCGCUGUAAGAAGAGUUUGCGUUUAAAUGGUGUCAUUAUACUAAAGGACAAUAUGGCACGACAGGGCUGCAAGUUGGACCCCAUUGACAGCAGCAUUAGUCGACACCUGGACAUCAUGAAGAACAUUAUUUACAAGACCGGCCUGGAGAUUUUGGCUGUUGAGAGACAGAACGGCUUCCCAGAGGUCAUCAUGCCUGUAUGGAUGAUUGCAAUGAAGUAG